UGGCAAACACAGAUACAUGGAUAUUAUCGGUCGCUCUUGAAUGUAGCCUUCUGCUAAGCUUGGUAGCGUUAUACAGAUAGCAGAAGCUUGUAACAUGCGAAGAUAAAACAAUAACAAUAAUUCUACAGACGUCUGUUUAUGCUAAAAUCUGCCCUUGUUUUUUUCAUGUCCAUUUCCAUUAACUCCGCCUUUGUUAGCUAGUCAUGUGAUAAAUGGGAGAUAAGUUUAACUUUUGUGUUAGACACUAGUGUUACAGUUCCGUCGUCCAUUCUGUGGCCCUGGUGUGCGAAGGAAAUAUCAACCCAAGUGAACAUGAUUCUUUUUGUUGCGGUGGCGCUGAUUGCUCUGACAGCAGGAAAGACGGCAUGUGCAUCAGGAGACGAGCUCCUCCUCCAGCUGAAUAAGGAGCUCCUGCAAUCCACUGAAGCAUCAGGUUCUCUGCCCAACCCCAGUGUGCAUAUCGCCCUGCGCCUGUCCACCCACCACAACCUGCUCAAGGAGAGCCAGAACCUCAAUCAGCUCAAGACCAAACUGCAUGAUGACAUUCAGAGCUCUAUCAAUGACAUGAAACCGGUUGUGGGCCGUCUGGCCUUGUAUGUGCUGGCACUGAAGGCUUCCUGCCAAGACCUGAGCAGCUUCACGCUGUCUGUGAACGAGAUGAGCGAACCCCUGCUCACACACCUCAAGAAGGAGCUGGAGACAGAGAAAAGGAACAUUGCAUCUAAGCAACGACCCAAAACCAACUACUACCAGUACUCUCUGGGUAUUCUGGCUCUGUGUGUGAGUGGCGUCAGGGUCAGUUCCCACAUCAGCCAUAAGCUCAUCCACGCUGUCCAGCAUGGGCAAAUCAAGCAUGAUGUCUCCUUAUGUAUAGACUCACAUGCGAUGGCAGGGAUGGCCCUGCAAUGCCUGAAAGAUGCUAGAACCACAGUGAACAAUGAGGCAGAGCUGAACAAGGCUCUGGCCACCAUCAAAAAGAAGCUUCUGGAGUCUGAGCGAGCCGACGGCCACAUGGGUAACGAGUUCAGCACCGGACUGGCUGUUCAGGCCUUGUUGGCAAUGGGCAGUUACGUGAAAGAGCACGCCAACUCUGUGGAAGCUAUGAGGGCGGAUGCUAGGAAGGGCACCUACCACAACCCUAUGGCCAUCUCCCAGAUCCUGCCAGCACUCCAACAGCGCUCCUACCUUGAUCUGAAGAGCAAGGAUUGCCACGACGAAGACGACUCUCUCAUUUGGAAUGUCCUUCCUGUCCAACCAGAAGUUCAAUCCAACGUCCUUGUGCAUGUGCAUGUGGAGGUGGUGAAAGCCACUGGCUUGAUCUCAGACUUCCUGGUAGACGUUCCCAGCGGCUCCUCAUUACUCAAGGCCCUCACACUGCUUCAGGAUCAGCAGAUAGGCUUCACGUUUGAAAAGGAGGAGAGUCUGUGGGGGCCCUUCCUCAGCCGAGUUAACGGGGAGUGGGCACGUCAGUCUGACCGCAGAUACUGGAAGAUUUCUUCAGAUGGCAAUGCUUUGAAAGAGGGCAUGGGGGAUUACAAGAUUGAUGCAGACCAGAAGAUCACAAUCAAGAACAUUGACUACUGAGAGCUCCAAGCGGUGCCUGAUGACGAUGGAUUUUGAAAAGACAGGUUUAGUUUAUUUUAACAAUAACAAUGUCAAGAACCUCAGUGGUGUUUCCUGGGAGGUUCACAAGAAGCUAAUUAGUAAUACGAAUCAGAAUGUCCUUUGUGCUUUAGUGUUUUAUCAGAUUAGUUUUGGUAGGAAGUGGGCCCUUCUGCACUGUUUUCAUGAGAAAGGUGUGCAAGAAAGAAUUGGUCAGAAAUGGUAAGCCAAAUGCCAUAUCAAGUCAAACGUAAUGCACACAGGCCCACCAAAAGCAAAAAGUAAACAAUGCAAAUUAUGAUCUCAUUAUUGUUUUAAUUGAAGUUGAUUGGGGACCUUAUUUAGUUCUUACACGGCCAUUCUGAGUGAACAUUGAUGUUUUGGGUAGCAGAUGAAGCAGAAUGCCGAACCUGUGCAUUCUCCGUUUUAAAAGAAGUGAGCAGGUUAAAAGUAACUCUUAUUAAACAACACAAACCAUCAAGACACGCUGUCACAGAUACAUAUGACACAUUGAAGUUAACUAACAUUCAGGUCACAGUUACACAUGCAGCUUUUUGUAGACUGGCUUAGAUACAACCUAACUGGUAGUAACACUCAUGGAGAGCCCCCUCGUUUCCAGGCAUGCAGCAGCCCACCGUGUAAAGCUGUCCACAUUAAGUGAAUUUGUUCGUUUUUACUCAACUCUGUAAUCUUGUCCUAAUUUACCAGCAAGAGAACCCCAGUUGGCAGUGCAUGAAAAGUACCUACUAGAAAGGUAGAUCAUUCCUGAAGUCAUUAAUGCACUUACCUAGCCGACCACUGUUACAUAGAUAAAAUUAGCAUAUCAUACUAGUUUAGCUAUGCUAUCUAUUUAACAAAUAUACAAUUUACAGGAGGCAAAGAUUAUUUCAGCCAGACUCACAAGUGUGGUAUUCACGUAUAUAAAAAAAGAGACCCUAAUCUGAAGAAAGGGUCAAAUAUUAAAUCUCUGAACCUUCCUUUUGUACUAAAACUAUUGCUGUCUUAUAUUAUCUGUUAAAUAACAAUGAGUGAAAUUAUACAAUUGCCGCUGUCAAUGCCGCUGAAGAGUUAUUACAAUUGUCACUGAUCAGAAUCAAUAAAUCGCCUGCUUGUACUCCUUAUGAA